AUGGCCUCAGGUUUAGCUCUCAUUGACUUCUCGCGCUUCCUCAGCGGAACUCCCGUAGAGCGUAAUGAAACAGCCAAUGCCAUUCUUGACGGUUUCAAAACAGCUGGAUUCAUCUAUCUUAAAAACCAUCCCAUCCUUCCCAAAGACUUACAGCAUGCAUUUAAUCUAUCAGCCCGCUUCUUCAAUGAGCCCCUGGAGAAGAAGAUGGAGGUAGUCUGGACAACUCCAGAGGCAAACCGAGGCUAUUCAGCCCCUGGGCGCGAGAAAGUCAGUCAGCUCAAGGAUAUCCAGGAGGUUGAGAAAGUGCGUGCUGCUUUGCCGGACUUGAAAGAGAGUCUUGAGAUUGGCCGUGAAGAUGAGCCCGGAUAUCCGAAUAGAUGGCUUGAAGAAACCGGCGACCUUGUUGGGUUUCGAAAGGACAUGCUUGGAUUCUUUGAGCAGUGCCGCCAACUGCACGUGGAGGUCAUGAAGGCCAUUGCUGUUGGAAUGGGGCUCGAUGAUAGAUUCUUUGACUCUUUUGUCGACGUCGGAGACAAUACGCUGCGGCUAUUGCAUUAUCCAGCCGUCCAGUCCAAUAUCUUCAAAACGAAUCCAGGCACAGUUCGAGCUGGUGCACAUAGCGACUAUGGAUCCAUCACUCUUCUCUUCCAAGAUGCUCGAGGGGGACUCCAAGUCAAGAGUCCAACAGGACAAUUUGUCGAUGCGACACCAAUCGAAGGCACAGUCGUCGUUAAUGCCGGCGACUUGCUUGCGAGAUGGAGCAACGAUACCAUCAAGAGCACUAUUCAUAGAGUUGUUGAGCCACCGCAGAAGCAAGCUGAAUCUUACCCACCCCGCUACAGCAUUGCAUACUUUUGUAACCCCAACUUCAGAAGCUAUAUUGAGGCGAUUCCGGGGACGUUCGGUACGGAGAAAGAUAAGAAGUAUGAAGUUCCCGACUCCCAUAUCUCAGCAGCAAUGGCCUCCAAUACUGCGGCCGCAAAGCGACCCCUGAAACAGGCUUCAACAGCAAACAAGGCCUAUCUGAUCUUCUACAACUUCAUCUCAGCUGUGCUAUGGUCCGUUGUGCUCGGCCGCACCGCCAUGCUUGUCAGUGCCUAUGGACCUGAGUACGUCUAUCCCAAUACUGGCCAAUAUACAAAAUGGACACAGACUUUGGCUGGGUUGGAGGUGCUGCAUUCGCUGCUCGGUAUGAUUCUCCUGCUCCUUGACAUUGUGGUAUAUAUUAACAUAAAAUGCCGCCCCACAGGCGUCGUUCGCGCUCCCCUUAUGACCACUCUUAUGCAGGUCGCCUCACGUUUCCUGCUCGUCUGGGCCAUCGUCGACGUCUUCCCCUUCCUGGCCCUCUCGCCCUUUUAUUCGUCCAUGCUCAUCGCUUGGUCCGUCACCGAGAUAAUCCGCUAUUCCUUCUUCGCUCUCUCGCUGUCCGGCUACCAGCCCAAGUUUCUUACUUGGUUGCGUUACAACACUUUCUUUGUGCUCUACCCCAUUGGAAUCUUCAGCGAGUGCACCCUCAUCUGGUUCGCUACUGAGCCUGCGGGCCACAUUAACGAACUCUAUAAGUGGGCACUUUACGCCAUCUUGGCUAUCUAUGUUCCUGGAUCUUAUGUCUUGUAUACAUAUAUGAUGAGCCAGAGGCGCAAGGUCAUGCGAAAUCUGAAGGCUCAGGGUCAGAAGGCUCAAUAA